UCGCAAUACACGGCAAAGUGAAGUUUGAGAAGCAACGGCGGAGUGUUCUUUCCAUACGUAAUAGGAUAGUUUCCAACUAGUUAAAUCAGUGACUUUUUACUAGACGUCAGAACACGAAAUUACUAUGGGAUUUGUAUGAAAAAGCACACUGUGACGUUAUAGAAAAACGUGACAAAUCAUUCUCCAUGCUACUUUUUAGGGAUACUCUUGCCUUCCGCCCACGAAUUUCAUAAUCUUUGACCUUGGAAACUACCCAAUUAUUGGUCAAAUAUCUCUUCCCCUGUCUGCUGGAAGAUAUUCCUACUAAAAAUCCUUUAUAAUACAACAAGAUGACGUCAGAGAAGACAAAAAGCGGUGCCCAGUGGGGUAAACACGAGAGUUGGCGAAUCAUGAAGAACGUGCUAGUUAUCAGCGUAGCAUUUAUGGUGUUCUAUACGGCUUUCAAUGGGGCGGUCAACUUACAAAGUUCCAUACAUAAUGAAGCUGGUCUAGGCAUGGCUCCACUUGCCGCUAUGUAUGGCGGAGUUUUGUUUUCAAGCUUCUUCCUUCCAAUCGUCAUCAUAAAAUGGCUAGACACCAAGUGGACGAUCCCGUUCUGCAUGGUGGCGUUCAUGCCGUACAUCGCGGCGCAGCUCUUCCCGAGCUUCUACACCUUGGUACCAGCUGGGAUCCUGGCGGGCCUGGGCUCGGCGCCGCUCUGGUGCUCCAUGUGUACUUAUAUUGCUACUGUGUCAGAAGCACACAGCAAGAUGUCCAAAGUAUCAGCGGAUGCGCUCUUAGCUCGCCAUCUUGGUCAAUUCUACAUGGUCUUCCACAUCAACCAAGUGUGGGGCAACAUUAUAUCAUCCGUAGUGAUUUCAACGGGUGGUAACAAAGCAGCGGUAACCCACAUGAACGCGACCCUGAUCCCAGAGCUGUGCGGUGCCAACUUUCUGCCUAGUGCUGAUGCUGGGAAAGCACUGCAGGAACAGCCGCCCCAGAAGAUACAGACGUUAGCAGGUAUCUUCUUGGCCUGUAUGGUAGGAGCAAUAAUUAUCGUGGCUAUAGGAGUGGACUCUCCAAAAAGGUACAAGACAGACCGAAAUUCCAAGUCAAACGCGUCAGGGUUGGCUCUCCUAGCAGUGACCAUGAAACUCCUGAUAGAGCCUAACCAACUGUUAUUGCUCGUGAUUAGCAUUUUCAUCGGACUACAGCAAGGUUUCGUCACUGCUGAUGUUACUGUGGCUUUUGUCUCGUGUGCUAUUGGUCCUGGGACUGUGGGCUACGUCAUGAUGGCUCAUGGGUUGGCUGAUGCCUUUGGGUGUGCUGUCACUGGACUCUUGGCAAAGUUAAUUGGUAGAGUCCGGCUGAUCUGCUGCGCAGUGUGCGUCAAUACAGCACUGUACGUCACCAUGUUGUCAUGGCGACCACAUCUUGAGGAGGAGUUUGUCGUCUACGUCAUCGCCAUCGUCGCUGGGGUCUGCAACUCCGUGUGGCUCGUGCAGAUCAAUGCUUAUUACGGAAGUCUCUUCCCUGGGAGAGAAGAACCAGCAUUUGCGACCUUCCGUCUCUUCGAGUCCAUCGGGUUCAUCAUCACGUUCUCCAUAUCACCAUACUUAAGGACCAGCUCCAAAGUAUACUUACUGUUCUGCACCAUGGUACUAGGUUCUAUAGGAUAUUUCAUUGUAGAAUACAGACAGAGACGGGUGAAACAAAUGUAUGCCGUAACGAAGGGUACGGCCAAGGGCUGUGAUAAUAAAGCUUUCAACAUGUAGGUUUUUUAGUAGUUAUUGGUUGAAUAAUUUAUUUCAUAUCUAUAACGGGUAGAUAAAGUUUAUGUACUUACCACUCGUAAGUCUAUAGGUUAAGCCAAGAUGCAUUUACUUUAACGUAACGCUUAGCCAAAAAAUCUAUGAAAACGUAUGACAUCAGCUACCGAAAUGUCAUUGUUGAGGGCAAAUUAGAGGGCAAGCGGUGUAGAGAAAGGCCAAGACGAAGUUACUUAGACCAGAUAAUAGAAAAGGCUGAGGCCUCGUCAUACAAGGAGGUCAGAAAUUCAAAUUAAUAGCGCUAGAAUGUGAUAGGUUGCCGUCGCUGCACGGUGUACGCUAUUGACUUAGAUGCGAAAAAUAUCGCGGACCGAUCGAUACAGAGUAAUGCUGUUUACACUAGAUAAAUAUGCAGCAUCUAAUGGUUGAAAUCUGCAAUAUUUGUCAUGAGUAGUGUGCAGAAGGUACAUCACAAAUGUAAUUUUGCAUCUUGAAUCUUAUUAUCGAUUAUUUGUUUGGCAAGAGUUGGUGACAAAAAAUUGGAUAAAUAUGAUAAGUAUAUAAUUAGUAAAUAGUGUGAUAGCUAUAUACGUAUAGGCCAGUUAUAUUAUGUUUAAUGUUACUGUUACCUUUUGCAAACGAACAAUUAGGUAUCUAGUGACAAAUUUGCUUUAAAUGAUUAGUUGUCUACUGUAAAUGUAUUUAUGUAUACGUAAGUUGUAUAUUGCAUUUAAAUUUGGAAUUUUGAAAUAAAAAGUUUAAUG